AUGAUGAUGAUUCACCGAGAAAACCUAGACUUUUUAAACCUUUCAAUUGACGAAGCAAAGGAACAAAAUAAAGCUACACUGACCGCCAUAAAACAAAGCAUUGGAAUACCAGAUACUCCAGGAAAAUGAAACAGUCCAGCAAGACUCGAAAAGCUUUUAUCAGUAGCCAAGCAAGGCAAGCUCCUUAGGCUUAAAGUAAAAAGUUCGCUGAUUUUGCCUAGAAACUCAGUUAUAAACAUAACCCCACUCAAAUAUGAAUUAAGCGGACGAACUUCAAGCGACGGAGUUACAUAUUUUGGGUGUAAAAAGAAAGACAGGCAUAAAGGAAAAAUUGUCUGUGACUUUAUUAUUCCUUAUAACGACAAGCAGCUUAACAACUCUUUGAGGAACCCGCAUUUUAUGAUUCAUUAUAACCCUUUUGCUGAUUCCUAUUACAUUCGCGAUCUUGGCAUUGGAUCUGGAGUUUAUGCAAAAAUUGACUAUACCCUGGCUUUAUUAAGAAGACAAUAUAUAUACCUUUUUAAUAGGCUGCAUAGAAAGUCACAAUUUAUUUCUAUUAUAAUAAUAUCAGAAUAUUUAAUUUCUCUAUAUGGUAUAGUAAACUUUGGCGAAUCUCAUUUACUUAUAUCAGUUAUCCCUUCCAAUCCUUACCCAAGACUCUGCCUAAAAGUAUACGGAGGAAAAUCAGCUGGCGAGCUCAUGUUUUUUGAAGCCCACGAGUAUCAUGUAAACCAAGUUUUCAUCGGAAGAGACAGAGACUGCAAUGUCUGCAUUGACGACGCCUUAAUCUCAAAAAAACAAGCCACUGUCUUUUACAGCCAAAUUAAAGGGUGGAUGCUAGUUGAUGGAGAUUUGCAGACCCAAAGACCCAGUACAAAUGGGACCUGGUAUUGCUUAUUUAGACUCUAUUUAAAUGAAGAUGUAGAAUUACGAGAUGGCAUGGAAAUCAAAGCUUUUCAAACGCUUUUCCAAGUAAAUAUCUAUUAA